AUGACUUCCAGUGAGCCUCCUCCUCCUCCACUAUCUGCCAUGUUUCGCUCCCGGCUCACUGACCUGCCAGUCUUCCGCAUCGUCCUCAGGGACACAAAGCGCUACGACACGUACGGGUCCCGUGAGUUUGAUCUGCCACUCAACGCAGAGUUCCCUAUUGGUCGGGCCUCGAGCAACAUCUCCAAGAAAGACCUCAUGGCCGCGCCUCACAAUGCCUACAUCGACAGCCCUGUCAUCUCCCGCCAGCACGCCGUCCUGUCCGCCAACUCAACCAGCGGCGUUCCCGAAGUCUAUCUUACUGACAAGGGCUCCAUGCACGGCACCACCGUGAACAACCAAAGGCUGCCUGCCAACAAGCCAACCAAGUUGAAGGCUGGCGAUGUGCUUCAGUUCGGGACUGACGUUAACCGCAAUGAGGAGUUCUUUGUAGCCCGCACCUACACCUUCGAGUCACAGCUUUCACGUCCAUUCUCUCUCGGCUUCACUGUCCCUGACCCUGAGAGUGACGACGAGGAAGUCGCCGAGCGUCGAGGCAGCCAGAUCGAUCCCUUCGUCAUCGACGACUCCGAUGGUGCUGAAGAUCAGUCUGAGCAGGAUGACCAGGAGGUCACGAUGAUGAUGGAGCAGGUCCUCCACCAAUCUGAACCCGGCCACUCCUUCAGUCCUGCCCAAGAAGAGUACCCUGAGUCUGCGAUGCGUACUACAGUUGUGGACCAAGACUACAACGAAGAGGACAGACAAGAUGCGGGUCUAGCCUGCGACUUCACCCCACGCCGCGAUGAUUCGCUUGUGCCUGCCAGCCCUAACGCAUCCAGUGAUAGGGAAGACGACGACGCUAUUGGUACCGACUCCGACAGCCAGGCCGGAAGCAUUGGUAGCUCAGAGAUGAUGUCUGACUCGGAACCAGAGAUUGGGGAUUCCGAGGAUGAAGAUAUGGACGGGGCUGACCAUAACAAUCCCGCCGCAUCUUCUUCCAACAAGGAGAACGAGCCUUCUGGCAAUGCCGCAAUCCCUUCCACGGCUCAGUGCUCUAUGCAAAACCCUUCUACUCUUUCACUCCGGGAUGUCUAUAUGUUAGACGACGUAGCCAACGGUCAAGCCCCGCUGCCACGUAUCCACAUGUUUGGCAUGCAGGGUUCUGACAACAACUCCAUGUCCAACAGCAACGUGUAUGCAGAGAGCGCACCUCCACCUCUUCCACCACGUCCUUCGACUUCCAGAGUAGCACCUUGGUGCAACCCAUCCUAUUCCGCAUUCUCAUCGCAGAGCGAUCUCCAGGAUUGGUACUCUGCUGAGGACAUGUCGCAGCCGAAUUACCUAGGUACAAACUUUGGCGACAGACCUUCUCUGUUCAGUCCAGCGCCUCCUCCUCCAAUGCCAGAGUCCUCUGAGACUCGUCUUCCUAUGUACCACUUCGGUAACUGCGCUAGCCAGGCAGUCCAAGCCAACAGACUUCAGACACCUCCACCCAUGCCUAUAUCAGAUGUCGAGACCUCCACACCACUGCAGCCAGGUCGUCGGACCAAGGUCUCCAUUGAGGAGAUAGUUGAGGAGCAGCCGCCCACGCCUGAAUCUGUAAACAACAUGAAGCGCAAAGCUGACGUGCUCGAGGCAGAGGAGCCUGCAGUAGCCUUGGAUGAGACACCUGAAGUCACCAUUGGUACCGAGAGUGCACACUCAGAACCGAUAGUCGCUGUUCCAGCCGCCGAUGUCAAUGCCAUCCAGACAGCUGCAAACAUCGCCCAACGUCCUAAGAAGACCCCUCGCUCUGUUCUCAGCAAGGUGCUCAACAAGGCUACCUACCCUCUGCUGGGCGCCACCGGUGCGGUCGUUUCUUUCGCUCUUCUUUCUACUCUUCCUGAUACCUUCUUUGUCUAG